GCGAGUUCCGUUUUGGUAUACAUAUAUCGUUGUCAUCGCCGUGUCUUCUGCAUUAUUGUUGUACAUUGUGUUUGUUGUGUUCUGUUCAGUUCAGUUUUUUCACAUCGCUCGUGUAGCCGCCGCCACCGCCACCGACAACAAUAACAACAUCCAACAUACAACAUCUACAGGGCAUUUAAUACAAAUAUUUUUUUCGUUUUAAUCGGAAAUUUUGCGCACCGUUUGUGUGUUAAGCCACGGGCAUAACCUCUGAACCCGGCUAGCAGGCUGAUGCUGAUUACGUGCGGCAGGCAGUAAACGGCAACAGUUCUACGCUCGUGUAUACCGACGGAACGAUUUUGCAGCUGUGCCAUCGAGUCUGGCAUUUAGUUAUCAACGUCACCCAAAAAUAAAAAUAAUAAAAAAUAAUACACACGACUAAUAAAACGGCGACGGGGCGCAUCCGUUGUCGCUAAUACCUUAUCAGUAGGACGCAUCUUUGGCUGCCGUAAGAACACACAGACGGCGACUGCUCGACCAACGACCAUCGGUCAGCGACCAGUGACCAGCGUCCACUCGACCGCUCAAUUUGGAGUGCCAUUCUCAUUCUCGCGCUGUCUCCUAAAUUAAUGUCAUAAAUUAAUUUGGGACUGUCGUUGACAUUGCAACCGGUGUCGGUAUCGUUGUCGUUAGCGUUGUCCCAACAUUAGAAACGCGCUGCGGUCAAAAGGCGCUCGCGCUUCUUCAACUUACCUGCCCGAUAGCGCUAACAAGUGAAGUGUGUGUGUGUGUGUGUAUGUGUGUCUGUGUUUAUGUGUGCGUUGCCAAAACCCUAAUGUUCCUUAAAAUACCUUGAAGCUGAAUUAUUAAAUAUAUAAAUACCUACACAAUUAGUGAAAUAAAUUAAUACAAUAAGCAUAAAAAAGCAGCAUUCUGGCAACAAGCACAACAACUUUGCAUCCCAUAACCACUUAGCAUAUCCAUAUCAUAAGCAAAAAGAAAUGCAAAGCAGAUGCCAAUAAAAUAACAAAAACCACAACAACAACAAAAAGGUCGUAAAUGUUAAACGCAUAAAUCGAAAGCUGGAAGAGGCAAUCGCGUUUAAAAGUGUUUGCGAUUUAGCAUGGCUCAGUCUACAUAAUAUGCCAAUAGCAACAUUAAUAAAAAGAAACGCUAUUACACGCUUUUCCCAGCCAACUGCCAAGAAUCGAAACAUAUCAAAUGCGUCAAAUGUGAAGUGUUGCUCAACCACAUCAAACAAAAUAAUAAUAAUAAAAAUAUAAUCAAGCACAUAAAGCAUAAAUCACCAGUCAAGAACCAAGAGCCGUACACCUAAAGGAUUAUUAAUUGGAGCUGUUGCAGAGUCCGACGCUCAUCCAUAAGCCGCCACAGCAUUGCAACAAACAAACAUAAAACUCCAGUUAGAAAUCAUCAUCCUUGGAAAUAGACCUCGUGUCAUUCCAAAAGACGCACAUGGGCGUCUGCACCGAAGAGCGCCCUGUGAUGCAUUGGCAGCAGAGCGCAAGAUUUCUUGGGCCCGGCGCAAGGGAGAAAAGUCCAACACCACCUGUAGCACAUCAAGGGAGCAAUCAAUGCGGCAGUGCUGCAGGUGCAAAUAACAAUCAUCCAUUGUUUCGCACAUGCUCCUCAUCCUCGUGUCCAGAUAUUUGUGAUCACAGUACAAAGCCAUUUGGCAAUGCAUACGGCAGCGAGUCAUUUAGAAGCUAUGAAACCGCCGAUCGUGCCACAUUCGAGGACUCAACGGCGAAAUUCUCAAUUAGUCGCAGUCGCACGGAUUGCACGGAGGUGAGCGACGAAACCACGUCGGGCAUCUCCUUCAAAACGGAGCCCUAUGGACCACCGAGCAGUCCUGAAUCAACAAAUGAUAGCAAGGUAACGCGCAAUGCCGAUGACUGCGCAGGCUGUGGACGACAAAUACAGGAUCGUUUCUACCUCUCCGCUGUGGAAAAGCGCUGGCACGCCAGUUGCCUACAGUGCUAUGCAUGCCGGCAGCCGCUGGAACGGGAAUCCUCAUGUUACUCACGUGAUGGCAACAUUUAUUGCAAAAACGAUUAUUAUAGUUUUUUUGGUACACGCCGCUGUUCCCGCUGCUUGGCAUCAAUAAGCUCCAACGAGCUGGUCAUGCGAGCACGCAACCUGGUCUUUCAUGUCAACUGCUUCUGUUGCACCGUCUGCCACACGCCACUCACCAAGGGCGAUCAGUACGGCAUCAUCGAUGCCUUAAUCUACUGCAGAACCCACUACAGCAUAGCGCGGGAGGGUGAUGCUGCCUCGUCCAGCAUGAGUGCCACAUAUCCGUACAGCACACAGUUUGGAUCGCCCCACAACGACUCCUCGAGUCCGCACUCGGACCCAAGCCGUAUUGUUCCUACUGGCAUUUUUGUGCCGACGUCGCAUGUCAUCACCGGACUGCCGCAGCCGGCGCGUCAAAAGGGCAGGCCGCGCAAGCGCAAGCCCAAGGAAAUCGAGGCAUUCACCGCCAACAUAGAUCUCAAUACCGAAUAUGUGGACUUUGGGCGCGGCUCCCAUAUGAGUGCCUCGUCCCGCACAAAGCGCAUGCGUACCUCAUUCAAACACCACCAGUUGCGCACCAUGAAAUCCUACUUUGCCAUCAAUCACAAUCCGGAUGCCAAGGACCUGAAGCAACUGUCACAGAAAACUGGUUUACCAAAGAGAGUCCUACAGGUUUGGUUUCAAAAUGCCCGCGCCAAAUGGCGACGCAUGAUGAUGAAACAAGAUGGCAGCGGCAUGAUGGAGAAGGGCGAUGGCACCUUGGAUCUGGACAGCAUUUCGGUGCACAGCCCGACCUCGUUUAUGCUGGGCGGUCCGAACAGCACACCGCCCCAUAGCAUGGACUAACAGCUGUGCAUGCUGCCCAACAACAGCAACAGCAAUAGCAACAAUCACAACAACCAUAACGACAACAACAACAGCGGCAGGGAGAACAACGCCUACACUAUCGAACCCGAACUCCAUUCAAGACGAGGCUCGCCAACUCUGAUAUCGUUGGAGAAUUUGCUGCAUGGGAACGAUUAGUUUUUGAUUUUAUUGUAGCGAAUAUUAUCCAAACAUACUCAUACAUACUCACAGAACGCAUAGAUUUGUGUAGAGAAUGAUGCCUAAGCUUAGCCCAUCGCGACUGGGACUGAGGCUGAAUCAGAAUCAGAAUCCGAAUCUGAAGCUAAGCCUAAAGCUGGUUUGUCUAUUGAAAUGCGCUUUAUAGCCAAUGGUGAUGACGACGAUCAUAAUGAUGAUAUGUAUUUUUCUAGUUGCUUCUAGCAUAGCAUAAAGGCACCCACGCAGGCCCUCUCCUAAACACUUUGACUGGGUUUCAGCAUAGUAAUACGUAGUCAUGGCUAUCGUAUACCAAUCAUUAUCGGUCUCUGUAGGAGUCUUACUCAGACGAUUAUAAUUGAGUAUAGGACGUCUUUCAGCUGAGCAAAGAUUUUACGUACCCUAAACGUUGUUUCUAUCGUUCAUUUGUAAAUAUGUGCUAGAUCUUAAAUAUAUUUGCUUAUAGAUAUUGUUAAUAAUACUAUAUGAAUA